AGCAAUAACCGAAGUGACACAAAAGAGGCCGCAACUGCAAGGCACCGCACGAGAACUCGCCAGGAAGCAACGACGCGGAAAGACAAAUCCAGGGGCCAAGCCAAGAGAAGCCGCUCGCUCCUGUUGUUGGAUUGUUCGUUCGUCGAUUCCGUCGCGGAGGUACGCUGCACCCCCCACCCAACCCCUGCUCCUAAUCCGCUUCUCCUGCUCCCCCCGAAAUUCCGCGUCCAGUACCCGGAUCUUCCUCCCCUGCCGCUCCCCCGAAUUUUCCCCCUCACAAGUCACAACCCGUUUCAUCUCUCUCUUCCGCCGCCGCUGCGCUCGAGGACCGGAGUCUUCUCUCGUCGGGGGGCGUCGGCGUCCUUCCUUUCCGCCGCCCUCGACUGUUGCUGAACUGCCGUCGGGUGGAGAUCGGCUUGAAUCAACUGUUCUUUUAGUUUGUUGGUGUUGCGAAAAUGAGUGACAACCUGAUGGACAAGGUUAGCGCCUUUGGCGAGCGCCUCAAGAUCACCGGGACGGAGGUCAGCAAGAAGAUGACGGCCGGCAUGAGCUCCAUGAGCUUCAAGAUGAAGGAGUUGUUCCAGGGGCAGACUCCGGCUGACAAGAUUGUUGAGGACGCCACUUCAGAGAACCUGGAUGGGCCUGACUGGAACUUGAACUUGGAGAUUUGCGACCUGAUCAACACGGAGAAGGUCAACAGUGUGGAGCUCAUCCGUGGCAUCAAGAAGCGGAUCAUGCUGAAGGAUGCGAGGAUCCAGUACCUCUCCUUGAUUCUGCUCGAGACUAUUGUGAAGAACUGCGAGAAGGCCUUCUCGGAGGUUGCAGCUGAGCGGGUUCUUGACGAGAUGGUUAGGCUGAUUGAUGACCCUCAGACAGUUGUCAAUAACAGGAACAAGGCCCUUAUGCUGAUUGAAGCGUGGGGGGAGUCUGGUGAUGAGCUACGCUACCUGCCAGUCUAUGAGGAAACCUACAAGAGCUUGAAAUCAAGAGGAGUGCGGUUUCCUGGACGUGACAAUGAGAGCUUGGCUCCCAUAUUUACUCCCCCACGAUCAGUUGCUGAAGCUGAUGUUGAUGCGAACUUGCCCCACCAUGCUUUUGAAGACGUGCAUGUUCAUACAUAUACUGCCGAAGAAACAAAAGAAGCAUUUGAUGUUGCUCGUAACAGCAUAGAACUUCUUUCGACUGUUCUUUCCUCUUCCCCUGAGCAGGAUGCUUUGCAGGAUGACUUAACAGCCACUCUUGUGCAACAAUGCUACCAAUCUCAGCACACUAUCCAGAGAAUCAUUGAGACAGUUGGUGACAACGAAGCUGUGCUCUUUGAGGCCUUGAGUGUGAAUGAUGAGAUUCAGAAAGUGCUAUCCAAAUAUGAAGAGAUGAAGCAACCCAGGGCCUCGGAGCAAGCAGAACAGCGUCCAGUGGUCAUACCGAUUGCCACAGAACACGAAGAUUCCACUGCUGUUGGCACCGAAGAUUCCCUGGUCAGAAAACCAGCUGCUGCUAGGGCAAGGUCAGGUGGAGAUGACGAUAUCCUUGAUGAUCUCGACGAGAUGAUAUUUGGCAAGAAGGGAGGUAGCAGUUCCCAGGAAGCGCCCAAAAAGCCGGAUCCCAAGAAAGAUGACCUGAUCAGCUUUUAAGCACCUUUCCGUGAUCGCACCCAGUACUUGCUAUUUUAUGGUGCUGUACUCAGUCGGUAGAAGAUUGCAGAUUCUGUAGGAUUUGGAUCGCUUGUUUAUUCUCAUACGAUCAUACCUGCCCCUUUUUUCAGUUUGUCCAGUUGUUAAGUUGCUGCACUCUCUCAAUCAUCUGGUUUCAUGGAGGAGUCCCAUGAAUGUAUUUGAUGGUGAAUUCUGCCUCGAUGGAAAAAAAAUAUUUUAACUGAAUC